CCCGGAAGUGGUGCGCUUUUCCGGAAGUGAAUCUGUCUGGUUAAAGCGCCAAGGCUUUCGAGCAUUCGAGUUCUUGUAGUUUUUGAUUGCUUUCUUUUGUCUCUGUGGCUUCUCUCACCUUGGUGUCCACUCGUGCACCCGGGAAUCUGUUGCUAUGUCUGUAGUUCCACCGAGCCGCUCGCAGGCUGGCUGGCCUCGCGGUGUAUCCCAGUAUGGGAACAAAUACCUGCAGGCCAAGCCGCUGACCCUAGAGAGGACCAUUAAUCUAUAUCCAUUGACCAACUACACCUUUGGUACAAAGGAGCCCUUGUACGAAAAAGAUUGCUCUGUUGCUGCCCGAUUUCAGCGCAUGCGGGAGGAGUUUGAGAAGAUCGGCAUGAGGCGUACAGUGGAGGGUGUCCUGAUUGUACAUGAGCACAGGUUACCUCACGUGUUAUUACUGCAACUCGGGACAACGUUCUUUAAAUUACCCGGUGGAGAGCUAAAUCCUGGGGAAGAUGAAGUAGAGGGCUUGAAGCGUCUCAUGACGGAGAUUCUGGGCCGUCAGGAUGGUGUACAGCAAGACUGGGUAAUUGAUGACUGCAUUGGAAAUUGGUGGAGGCCAAAUUUUGAGCCCCCUCAGUAUCCCUACAUUCCAGCUCAUAUCACUAAGCCCAAGGAGCAUAAGAAGCUAUUCUUAGUACAGCUUCAAGAAAAAGCUCUUUUUGCAGUUCCGAAGAACUACAAACUGGUUGCUGCACCAUUAUUUGAGCUUUAUGACAAUGCUCCUGGUUAUGGACCCAUCAUCUCCAGCCUUCCCCAACUUUUGAGCAGGUUUAAUUUUAUUUAUAACUGAAGUUUAUGGAAUCGUGUUCAAAAAUCUUAAUGGAUAUAUGACUCCAGCUUUUUGUGAACAUCUAAGCCAGUAGUGUGGCUUCCCAGACAGAGACUAAAUCAGUUCUUCAAACCAAAUCCAGUGACAUCUGCAGAACCUGACCUGCAUCUCAAGUGGGAUUUUGUUCAACUCUCCACCAACUAUAAAGCCAAGAAGCUUUAAUUGGUGCAAUUUUUUUUUAGAAAUAUUGUCUGCUUAUGUAAUUGUUUGCAUUUUCUACUUUAUUAAAUAGACAAAUACCUCUUUUUUGAGGGUUUUAAUGAACUGUAGUUUGUGUAUUUUGUGUAUCAGCCAUUUAUUUUGUAAUUGGAUAUGACAGAAACUUAGUAUAUAGAUUAAUUAAAAAGGACACUGACUUGA